CGCAGCUUAAGGAGACGCUUUCAUCUGUUUUACAUUUUCUCUCUCCUGUAAAUUUUUCUCUCUUCUUCUCGCGGAAAUCCGCCAUUGCCGUGGAGGAGGAGACCUUCAAUCAACUUCUCUCUCACCUUUUGUCUCUGUAAUACUGCCGUAUAACGACGCUGUUUCGCCGCUUAAUCAUCGGAAAUCCUGACGCUUUUGUGAUUAAUAUAAUAUUUUUGUUUAUAUAAUUAUAACGACGAUAAAUUAAAUUGAAACAACCGAUCUAAAAAAUCAAGCGGAAAAAUUCGAUAAAUUUUCUGAAAGAUUUGACGACAUGUCGGUUGCAGCUGGGGUAGGUUCGGUAUUAAACCUCCGAAGCAAAGUAGGUUCGGAGAGCUUCACCAGCAACAAGCAGACACAAAACCAUGGCGGACUUGCGGUGGUGCCACCGCAGUUGUGUAGCUUCGGGAAGAGAAGCUCCCGGAGCUAUGCGGUUCGUAGGUCAGAAGCCAAGAUCUGCGAGAGCAAAUUCUUCGGCAAUAGAUUAAGAUCCGAGAGACUACGCCCGUUGGUUCGGGACCCGAACGCCAGGUUCGUUAUUCAAUCCGCAUUAUCUCAGGUUCCGGAGCAGCCUCUCGGGUUAUACGACCCGAAAUAUGACAAGGAUUCUUGUGGUGUCGGUUUCGUUGCUGAACUUUCCGGCGAAAACAGCCGUAAAACGGUGACGGAUGCAGUGGAAAUGUUAGUGAGGAUGGCGCACAGAGGUGCGUGUGGUUGUGAGACAAAUACUGGUGAUGGUGCCGGUAUUCUUGUCGGUCUUCCUCAUGAUUUCUUCACAGAGGUGACAAAGGAUCUUGGAUUUGAAUUGCCAGCUCUAGGGAAAUAUGCAGUUGGGAUGUUUUUCUUGCCUACUUCUGAGAGUAGAAGGGAAGAAAGCAAGAAUGUGUUUACUAAGGUUGCUGAAUCACUUGGGCAUACAGUCCUCGGAUGGCGCUCUGUCCCAACUGACAACUCAGGACUGGGUAAGUCUGCUGUACAGACUGAACCAGUGGUCGAGCAGGUGUUUCUUACACCAACUCCUCGAUCAAAAGCAGACCUUGAACAGCAGAUGUACAUAUUAAGGAGGGUAUCAAUGGUAGCAAUCAGAGCUGCUUUGAACCUACAACACGGUGGUGUUAAAGACUUCUAUAUAUGUUCUCUGUCCUCAAGGACAAUUGUUUACAAAGGCCAGUUGAAACCUUCUCAACUGAAGGAGUACUAUUAUUGGGACCUUGGCAAUGAAAGGUUUACGAGCUACAUGGCCCUGGUGCAUUCUCGCUUCUCCACCAACACAUUUCCAAGCUGGGAUCGUGCUCAGCCUAUGCGUGUAUUGGGUCAUAAUGGGGAGAUCAACACUCUUCGUGGCAAUGUUAAUUGGAUGCGUGCUCGUGAAGGUCUGCUUAAGUGCAAGGAACUCGGUCUGUCAAAAAACGAAAUGAAAAAGCUUUUGCCUAUUGUGGAUGCCAGUUCUUCUGAUUCAGGGGCCUUUGAUGGCGUUCUUGAACUCUUGGUUCGUGCUGGUAGAACUAUCCCUGAAGCUGUCAUGAUGAUGAUUCCUGAAGCAUGGCAGAAUGACAAGAAUAUGGAUCCUAAACGGAAGGGAUUCUACGAGUACCUUUCGGCGCUGAUGGAACCAUGGGACGGGCCAGCUCUUAUAACUUUCACUGAUGGUCGAUACCUUGGAGCAACAUUGGACCGAAAUGGAUUACGUCCUGGACGUUUCUAUAUAACUCACAGUGGACGAGUCAUAAUGGCAAGUGAGGUUGGAGUUGUCGAUAUUGCACCGGAAGACGUUUCCAAGAAAGGGCGUUUGAACCCUGGUAUGAUGCUUUUGGUUGAUUUUGAUAAGCACAUUGUUGUGGAUGAUGAGGCCUUAAAGAAGCAAUAUUCACUUGCUCGGCCAUAUGGGGAGUGGCUGAAAAGGCAGAAGUUAGUCUUGAAGGACAUAGUUGAUUCUGUGGCUGAGGCAGAGAGGGUUGCUCCUGCUAUUUCUGGAGCAAUGCCCGUAUCCAACCAGGAUGAAGACAUGCAGAACAUGGGUAUUCAUGGUUUGCUAGCACCAUUGAAGGCUUUUGGGUAUUCUGUUGAAGCCUUGGAAAUGCUGUUGAUUCCCAUGGCAAAGGAUGCCACUGAGGCCCUUGGUUCCAUGGGAAAUGAUACUCCCUUGGCCGUGAUGUCAAACAGAGAGAAACUCACUUUCCAGUACUUCAAGCAGCUUUUUGCUCAAGUCACAAACCCUCCCAUUGAUCCUAUCAGGGAGAAGAUUGUGACAUCCAUGGAGUGCAUGAUUGGUCCUGAAGGUGAUCUCACAGAAAUGACCGAGGAGCAGUGCCAUCGUCUCUCAUUGAAGGGGCCUCUUUUAUCUAUUGAAGAAAUGGAAGCUGUUAAAAAGAUGGACUACAGAGGUUGGCGUAGCAAGGUAAUUGAUAUCACUUAUCCCAAGACCCUGGGCAGGAAAGGCUUGGAGCAGACGUUGGACAGGAUCUGUGCUGAAGCAAGGGAUGCAAUAAAGGAGGGUUACACAGUGUUGGUGCUUUCUGACCGAGCUUUCUCGCCAAGUAGAGUGGCAGUGAGCUCUCUAUUGGCUGUAGGUGCCGUUCAUCAGCAUUUAGUUAAGACGCUUGAACGCACUCGUGUUGGUCUGAUAAUUGAAUCCGCAGAGCCACGUGAGGUGCAUCAUUUCUGUACCCUGGUUGGUUUUGGAGUGGAUGCAAUUUGUCCUUACUUGGCCGUUGAAACCAUAUGGAGGCUGCAAGUAGAUGGAAAGAUCCCACCCCGAUCAACUGGCGAGUUCCGCUCAAAAGAGGAGCUCGUUAAGAGGUACUUCAAAGCAAGCAACUACGGAAUGAUGAAAGUUCUUGCAAAGAUGGGAAUAUCCACCUUGGCAUCAUACAAGGGAGCUCAGAUCUUUGAAGCUGUUGGUCUUUCUUCAGAAGUCAUAGAGAGGUGUUUCACUGGAACUGCAAGUAGAGUUGAAGGUGCAACUUUUGAAAUGUUGGCUUCUGAUGCACUUAAACUUCACGAGAUGGCAUUUCCAAGGCGAGCUCUUCCGGUUGGAAGCGCAGAAUCAUUGGCACUGCCUAAUCCAGGGGAUUAUCACUGGAGGAAAGAUGGUGAGCUUCAUCUCAAUGACCCCCUUGCAAUGGCCAAGUUACAGGAAGCUGCUAAGUCUAACAGUGUUGGAGCUUACAAAGAAUAUUCCAAACGUAUUAAUGAGCUGAAUAAGUCCAGCAAUCUAAGAGGGCUUUUGAAGUUCAAGGAGGUGAAUGAGAAAGUUCCAUUGGAAGAGGUAGAACCUGUGAGUGAGAUUGUGAAAAGGUUCUGCACCGGUGCCAUGAGCUAUGGAUCAAUUUCCCUGGAGGCUCACUCUGCUCUAGCUAUUGCUAUGAACAAGUUGGGAGGAAAAUCAAACACAGGUGAGGGAGGUGAGAAUCCAUCACGUUUGGAGCCUCUCUCAGAUGGUUCGAGGAAUCCCAAACGGAGUGCUAUUAAGCAGGUGGCAAGUGGAAGAUUUGGUGUUUCCAGUUACUAUUUAACCAAUGCUGAUGAGAUACAAAUUAAGAUGGCUCAGGGUGCUAAGCCUGGUGAAGGAGGUGAGCUCCCUGGUCAUAAGGUGAUUGGAGAUAUUGCUGUAACCAGAAACUCCACAGCUGGUGUUGGACUUAUUAGCCCUCCUCCUCAUCACGACAUUUAUUCAAUUGAGGACCUUGCACAACUAAUUCAUGACUUGAAGAAUGCCAACCCGUCAGCCCGUGUCAGUGUUAAACUUGUGUCUGAAGCUGGUGUCGGUGUGAUUGCUGCUGGGGUUGUCAAGGGGCAUGCAGACCAUGUUUUGAUCUCUGGACAUGACGGUGGUACUGGAGCUUCUCGAUGGACGGGCAUAAAGAAUGCCGGGCUUCCUUGGGAGCUUGGUUUGGCUGAGACCCAUCAAACUCUUGUUGCAAAUGACCUUAGAGGCCGUACAGUUCUUCAAACGGACGGUCAACUGAAAACCGGAAGGGAUGUGGCAAUUGCAGCUCUUCUUGGAGCUGAAGAGUUUGGUUUCAGCACUGCUCCCCUCAUCACACUCGGGUGCAUAAUGAUGAGGAAGUGCCAUAAGAACACCUGUCCAGUAGGCAUUGCUACACAGGAUCCUGUUCUUCGAGCAAAGUUUGCUGGUGAGCCUGAGCAUGUAAUCAAUUUCUUCUUCAUGCUAGCAGAGGAGGUCCGGGAAAUCAUGUCUCAGCUUGGGUUCAGGAAGCUUGAUGAGAUGGUUGGGCGUUCAGAUAUGCUUGAAGUUGACGAAGUAGUGACAAACAGCAAUGAGAAGCUGAAGAACAUUGAUCUCUCUCUUUUGCUUAGACCAGCUGCCACCAUCCGUCCAGGUGCUGCCCAACGCUGUGUCCAGAAACAGGAUCAUGGGUUGGACAUGGCCUUGGAUAAAGAAUUGAUUGAACGUUCAAAGGCUGCCCUCGAAAAAGCUCUCCCUGUAUACAUUGAAACCCCUAUUCGGAAUGUAAACCGUGCAGUUGGAACUAUGCUUAGUCAUGAGGUGACAAAAAGGUACCACUUGGAAGGACUCCCUACAGACACCAUCCACAUUAAGUUCAAUGGAAGCGCGGGCCAGAGUCUUGGAGCUUUCCUUUGCCCUGGUGUUACAUUAGAGCUUGAAGGUGACAGCAAUGACUAUGUCGGGAAAGGAUUAUCGGGUGGCAAAAUUGUUGUGUACCCUCCAAGCACUAGUGGCUUUGAUCCAAAAGAGAACAUUGUAAUUGGCAAUGUUGCUCUUUACGGAGCAACCUGCGGAGAAGCAUACUUUAAUGGCAUGGCAGCAGAAAGAUUUUGUGUGCGUAAUUCAGGGGCUAAGGCUGUUGUAGAAGGCGUUGGGGAUCAUGGUUGUGAGUACAUGACGGGUGGAACUGUGGUGGUAUUAGGCAAAACUGGCCGCAACUUUGCUGCGGGUAUGAGUGGUGGUAUAGCAUAUGUUCUUGACGUGGAUGGGAAAUUCCAUUCUCGAUGCAAUCCCGAGUUAGUAGAUCUUGAUAAAGUUGAGGAAGAAGAGGAUAUGACAACUCUAAGAAUGAUGAUUCAGCAGCAUCAACGUCAUACAAGAAGCAAGCUAGCUCAGGAAGUGCUUGCAAAUUUUGACAAUCUGUUGCCCAAGUUUAUUAAGGUCUUCCCUAGAGACUACAAGCGGGUACUUGCAAGCAUGAAAACCGAUGAAGCAGCCCAGGAGUCUGGUAAAGGGUCCGAUGAGGAAAAAGAUGAAAUUGAGGUGAUGGAAAAAGAUGCAUUUGAAGAAUUAAAGAAAAUGUCAGCUUCUGCUUUGAAAGAGCAAGCCAGCCAGGAAGAGGAGGAAGAAGAGGUAGUAGAAGAGUUCAAGCGUCCUUCUCGUGUUGCUAAUGCUCAAAAACAUCGUGGUUUUGUUGCAUAUGAGCGUGAGGGGAUUCAGUAUCGUGAUCCUACUACCAGGAUGAAAGACUAUAAUGAGGUUAUGGAUGAAAAAAGACCCGCCCCCUUGUUGAAAACACAAGCUGCUCGGUGCAUGGAUUGUGGUACUCCAUUUUGCCAUCAGGAUAACACCGGGUGCCCACUUGGAAAUAAAAUUCCGGAGUUCAACGAAUUAGUUUACCAGAAUAGGUGGCGUGAAGCUCUGGAUCGACUCUUGGAAACAAAUAACUUUCCGGAGUUCACUGGUAGAGUUUGUCCAGCCCCUUGUGAGGGUUCCUGUGUUCUUGGCAUUAUUGAGGAUCCCGUCUCAAUCAAAACCAUUGAAUGUUCAAUUAUAGACAAGGCCUUUGAGGAAGGAUGGAUGGUUCCAAGGCCUCCACAGAAACGAACUGGGAAAAGUGUUGCUAUAGUUGGGAGCGGACCUUCUGGCUUGGCUGCUGCUGAUCAGCUAAACAAAAUGGGUCAUCUUGUGACCGUUUAUGAGCGCUCUGAUAGAAUUGGAGGGCUUAUGAUGUAUGGAGUGCCCAACAUGAAGACUGACAAAAUCAAUGUUGUUCAACGGCGUGUGAAUCUCAUGGCCGAGGAAGGUAUUCAAUUUGUAGUGAAUGCAAAUGUUGGAAAGGAUCCAGAAUAUUCCCUUGAACAGCUUAAGAAGGAAAAUGAUGCCAUUGUGUUGGCUGUUGGGGCUACAAAACCAAGAGAUCUUCCAAUUGAAGGGCGGGACUUGUCGGGAAUCCAUUUUGCUAUGGAGUUCUUACAUGCAAAUACUAAGAGCUUACUUGACAGUAAUCUAGAAGAUGGUCAGUAUAUCUCUGCAAAAGGCAAGAAGGUUGUGGUCAUUGGUGGAGGUGACACAGGCACAGAUUGCAUUGGUACAUCUAUUCGACAUGGCUGUACUAAUGUCACUAACCUUGAACUUCUUCCACAACCACCAAAUACAAGAGCUCCCGGCAACCCUUGGCCACAGUGGCCUCGUGUUUUCCGAGUUGAUUAUGGACACCAGGAAGCUGCCGCCAAGUUUGGGAAAGACCCUAGGUCUUACGAGGUUCUCACGAAGCGUUUUGUUGGUGAUGAGAAUGGCAAGCUAAAAGGUCUUGAGUUGGUACAUGUCAUGUGGGAGAAAGAUGCCAGUGGAAAGUUCCAAUUCAAGGAAGUUGAAGGAUCUCUAGAGUACAUUGAAGCAGAUUUAGUACUUCUUGCUAUGGGAUUCCUAGGCCCUGAAGCUAACGUGGCAGACAAACUUGGUGUGGAGAAAGACAGCCGGUCAAACUUCAAGGCUGACUAUGGUCGGUUUUCAACCAACGUCGAGGGUGUAUUUGCCGCUGGUGACUGUAGGCGAGGCCAAUCCUUGGUGGUGUGGGCUAUCUCCGAGGGCAGGCAAGCUGCUUCACAAGUUGACAGAUUUCUCAUGGCAGAAGAAAACGAGGCUGCUGCUGCUGACUCUCCAUUAGAAGAAGCUUCCGGAAAGAGGCAGCAGGAGAGCGACAAACGCACCGUGAUGACUUAAAUUGUGGUAAUGGUUGAUUCUUUUCUUGAUGCCUGAAACAGGCGGCGAUUUCAGAAGAGCUUUCGCGAUUUUGCUUCUACGCAGUAAUGUGAGAGGAAAUCUAGAAGAAUUGGUUUGGUUGGUUAAUGACCAACCAAGUUUCUUGUGGCUAGUAGUAAUAAGUAGAAAAAUGUGGUCGUAUUUAUUUUCCUUUGCCACAUUUUUGUUUAUAUUAUGAAGUGUGCUGUGCCAAAAUGGCGUUAUCGGGUGGUAAACUAAUGGGGGCUUAGAUAGAACAAUGUACAGUUUUGUUUGAAAGCUAUAUAUAUGAGAAGCUUUUGGAAUGUAGUCGCUAAAGCGAAGCUGUUUAGAGCUGGAUAUUUUGAAUGCCAGGUUGAAGUUGAAGCACGAAUGUGAGAUUUUUUUUUCCCACCUGAAAAUUCAAUCUUGUCCAGUUAUAUUUGUUAGAAUCUGAGGCUAUGGUUGUAUCAUUUGUCAGUAAUCAGCAUUAUGUUAUUAUAUGCACUUCCUAUUCUGAUU